AAGGUUGAGAGCCACUGCCUUGGGCUAUCUCUUUAACAAUGGACUCCUUCCAGCAAAGCAAGACAUCAUGAGUCAGUUUCAUGAGAGAGCCCACCCACUUCCUGGUGCAGGACUAGCCGGAAACCUGACUGAGCUCAGCAAAGCACAGCACAGCUAUCCAGUCACGCUCCCCCACAGAGAGUCAUGGCUACAGAGAACCCUGUAGAAAGCCUUCAGGAGGAAGCUACUUGUCCCAUCUGCCUGGAGUAUUUUAAAGCCCCAGUGAUUUUAGACUGUGGGCACAAUUUCUGCCGGCUCUGUGUCACCCAGUGCUGGCAGGGAUCCGAUGCAAACUUCUCCUGCCCUCAGUGCAGAGAAAUCCUUCAACACAGAAACUUCAGGCCUAAUAGGCAGCUGGCAAAUGUUGUAGAACUUGCCAAACAACUGAGCUUACAGGCAGCAAAAGGAGCCGAAGGGGAGAGAGUGUGUGAGACACAUGGGGAGGAACUGAAACUGUUCUGUGAGGAGGAUCAGACCCCCAUCUGCUUGGUGUGUGACAGAUCCAAGGAGCACAGACCUCACACUGUGGUUCCCGUAGAGGAGGCUGCCCAGGAGUACAAGAAAAAAAUUCAGACCCAUUUGAAGUCUUUGAAGAAAGAGAGAGAAAAACUACAGGAAAUUAAAGUGACGGAUACACAGAGAAGCUGGGAACAUCUGAAACAGACAGAAGCUGAGAGACUGAAGAUUAUGUUUGAGUUUGAGCAGCUGCAUCAGUUCCUGAGGGAACAAGAGCGACUCCUGCUGGCCUGGCUGGCAGAGCUGGACCAGGAGAUUGUGAAGCUGCAGGAUGAAAAUGUCACCAAACUCUCCAAGGAGAUUUCCCGUCUCAGUGAGCAGAUCAGUGAGCUGGAGGGGAAGAGCCGGCAGCCAGCCAGUGAAUUCCUGCAGGAUAUCAGAAGCACCAUGAACAAGUUUGAGGAGGGGAAGUUCCAGCAGCGGUUGGAGGCUUCUUCUGAUCUGGAAAGGAGCCUCAGCCAUUUCUGUCAGAAAAAUUUUGCUGUAAAGCUGACCCUGAACAAACUGAAAGACUCUCUGCCAUUGGAACUGAAGACAGGAAAGGGGAAAUCCAUGGGAUCAGAUGGGAAGGGUACGUUUCCAGCGAGUGUGACUCUGGAUCAAGACACUGCUCAUCCCCGGCUCCUCCUGUCUGUGGAUCGGAAAAUUUUGACCUGGGACGUCAUACGGCUGAACCUCCCUGAACAUCCCCAGAGAUUUGAUUCGUCUCCUUGUGUGCUGGGCUGUGAGGGAUUCAUCACAGGGAGACGUUGCUGGGAGGUAGAGGUGGGGGAUGGGACAGCCUGGGCUGUGGGAGUGGCCCGAGAGUCUGUAAAGAGAAAGGAUGAGCUCAGUGCAGCACCUGAGCGGGGGAUCUGGGCUGUGCAGAGGUGGGGGUUCCAGUUCCAGGCUCUCACCUCCCCUCCAACCCCUCUGUCUCUGAGCUACGUGCCCAGCAGGAUCCGGGUAUCGCUGGACUGUGAACAGGGGCAGGUGGCAUUUUUCAAUGCUGGUAGUGAGGCCCCGAUCUUCGCUUUCCCACCAACCUCAUUCAUGGGGGAGAGAAUCUACCCUUUCUUCUGGAUCUGGGGUGUAGGUUCCCAACUCACUCUCUAUUCCUGAGACGCCAGGUGGCACAUGGCUUCGGGUCUCAUGAAAUGAGCUUCUCCAGCCUCUGAUAUCCUAGUCUCUUUGACCCUGCAUGACUCCCAUGUUCCUGCAGAGACGUUUAAAUGCAAAGUGAACAGACCAGAGAAGCUGCUGUCUCUGCCCCAUCGUGGGUCUCUCCUGCUUGUCUCUGUCUCUCUUCUUCUGAGGGACCAUGACAGCCCACAAGGACUGGAAAAUGGGGGUUUACAGCCUGCCUGUCCCUGAAGGGGGCAGGAGGGUUUCCAGGAUCCCCAAGACUUGUAUGACUCCAUGGUCCCACAAAAGAGAACAUGCUUAUCAUGUGAAGGGAACCUAGUGAUGGCUAUAAUUCAUUGCUCGGACUGUGGCCUGCAGAAAGCUGUCUGGCUCCUCCCUCUUGUUUUCAGCUCCUGGGUUGCAUUAAAAUAGCCUUAGCCAUCUUUUUAGGAUUCCUUUCCCAAGUGAGCGAUUGCUGUGGUUGUCCCAGGGAUGUUGAGGUGAGGGGAAGCAGGCCCUGCAGUCAUGUCUGGGAAAGAAGAUGAUCUGAGUCACUAUACCUAUUGGGGUGAGUGUACACUGUGGGGAACCACUGAGAUCUGCUGGUGUCAGUGCUGCAUUUCUGUUUUCUGUGUGCUCUUGCUAUCAAGGCCUCUGCUUCCUGAUGGAGGGCUACCACCUUCUUGUGUCUGGUUAGACACAGAGGGCCCAAUGUGCAGCUUUUACAGCGACUUUACUGUUGUCAUCUCUUGGCCUUUAUUUAAGAACAAGUCCCUGGUGUUCUUGGUGAAUUAGGACAAUGCUGUGUAAGCCCUGGCUAUGAGGAUGGGAUUGGCAGACACAGUGAAGAGCUCAGGGGAAGUAAGGGACCAGUGGAUGGGUCUCCUGGUUAAGAAGAAAAAGACAAAAGGUGAAAUGGACACUUAAAAUGAUGGAAGCAGAGGAAGAUGGACAACCAAAGAUUCUCUGGUUGCUUUGAAUCCCUGGCUGUGACUCAUUGACAGACCUACUAGUCAUGCAGUGAUGUGGGAUUAGAACACGGGGCUGUGCACAGAGCAGAACCAGGGGAGGAGGGGAGUGGCUGCCACUGGUAACAUCACUUCCCCAGCACCAGUCCAGGCAGCUGGGUCCAUUCUCCUUCAAGGGACACAAUGGAAAGAGGAGCUGGUGUGAGUGAGCCCUUGCAUGUGAAUGAAUGAAGUCUGAGGGGGUGAUAUUAGUAUGGACUCCAAUCUGGUAAUGACAGUGACUUCAGCAGGGGUAUGACUGGAUACAUCCCCAAAUGCAUGGAAUGGGGGAUGGCCAGGUGUGCGACCUGUUGAUACAAGUGAUGUAAAAGCCCAUGAGAUCCAUGUUAAGACUUUGCAUGAGAGGGUUGAUAUGGUGAAGUUUGGGUGUGCAGUGUGUUUUGAGAUCUGUGUCAGAUAUUAGUGAAAGUCUCUGGAGUGUUGGAGGGUGUCAUCAAAAGUCCUGUAAACAAUGUAAACGUAGGAGACUUUCCCCUUAAAUUCUUAUUUCCCUGCUUUCAAAGUUUUGGGUGGAUUGGGAGGGUCCUGUCACAGCGCGUUCAGCGUUUGUCACGUUAAACACCUAGGUCCUUGCCCUCCAGUGAUCUGGCAUAAACUUUCUGCUAACUAAUUUAAAUGGUAGAGAAUGUACAGCAGCUCUUCCCUGGGGCUAGAUUCAUAAAUGGACACAGAUGUUGGGAUGAUCAGUGGCUCCUAGAAAAUCCCUGGGACUCGUAAAGCCUGAGUUACAUGCUCAGGUUUCCUGUACAAUGAAUGGAGGGAGAUGGGUACCUAAGAAUGGGAUUCACAAAGCCCAGCACACUCUUGUGGGGAAGACCCCCUGCUCUUAACUGUUCACCCAGUGAUUAAGGUACUCGCUUGAGAUGUGGGUAUCACCCUGGGACCUCCUGGUGCCAGCUGAUAGAGGACACAAAGUUGCAUAAGUGUUAGAGGGACCCACUGGAUCUGGUAUCUACGGAUUAGUUCACCAAAGAGCUUCACGCAAGGUCUCCACUGAAAGCCUGUGUCAUGCUGGUCCUCAUGAUCCUUGUGAGAUGUAUGUAUGGAAAAUAAGUGAGAAGUUAUGUGUAUAGUUACCGAAAAGUAUGUUCUUAAGGUCUGUGAGUUGGGGCCAGUCACGAGACGUUGAUAACCAAGUCUUUCUGGUAGAGGAUGUUUUCCUAUCAGUCUGUCUUCCUGUACACUAAUGUAUACUUCUCACUCAAUGCCCAUUCUCAGUCUGAGCCAAAUGCUAAUCAAGUGAUUGUAAAGUCUCCAGGCGAGACCCUAGACAGGGGAUCACAAGCAGCACGGGUUAUGUUCUCUGCAAAGGAAGACAGUGGAUUUGGGGACCAUAGCUGUAGGGACAGAGACAAACUCUGCAUCUUUCCACUAAGGUGGCAUGAGGGCAGCAGGACUUGUCUCAUGAACGGAAGAUCACAGCCAAGCCUGGCUGUAAUAUGCUGGAAGGAUUUGGGGAGAGCUUUUGCUCUAUAUGACAUGACCAUGUCUUGUUGGUUGGGCCUAGACAGCAUGUUUUAAUUUCAUAUGUAACCCUUUGUUUCCAGUAUUUCUGCUUGCUGUCUUUGGAGUCUCUGUUCUUUGGCAAAUAAACUUGUGCUUGUUUUCCCUAUAAA